AUGCCUCUUCGUCCCUGGGAGCAAUCCAACUCUUCGCCCUAUACGCCGUCUCCCGUAUUGCAGGCUUCCGAAAGGAAUAGAACAGGGACCAACGACAUCACUCGAGGGGAUGUUGGUGUGAGCCCCGAGGUUGCCCGCGCGGCGGAUCUGCUUCUGAGCUUAAGGAGGGUAGACGCUAACAGGUAUAAUUCCUAUCGCUCGCCUUCCCCGUCAACGUAUUUGCCCCACUCUCCACCACGUCAAUACUUCUGGGAAAGUGACUCAGAGAGUUCCUCGGCGGUACAACCCUCUGCAAGUUCGCGUGAUGAGCCCGCAUUCUCAUCGGGUAGUAGUAGCCGCUAUCACAGUGGUAUAUUGAGCGUCGCGUCUACAAGUUUAAGCCCUCAGGUGUAUCCUUGUCCCAAUACUUCUUCAACAACCUCAGUCCUAGGCAAACGGGUCUUCUCGGAACAUCUUCACGGGCGGCGACAUCCGGAAGCUCAGUCAAACUCUGACCAGCCCGACGAUGCCAGCACAGAUGAAGUGUACGACGAUGACUGUGUUGCCUAUCGUAUACAGGACUGUCCUUCUGAGAACCCUCGUGAGGUUCUUUUCAACCGCAAGGGUGUCAAGCUCGAGAUCAUCAACAUAGACGUCAAUGUCGAUGGCGAGGAGUACCUCAAAUACGUUGAACAGGUUCCAUCCGAAACGAAGAUGUGGAGUUGUACCCAUGAAGAGAUGGCAGACGGGAAACCCUUUUGCUGCGGUUACACGGCUAGCAAGACCGCCAUGAAACGACACAUUGAGAGCAAACACAUGGCAAUCAAACGAGCCCAAUGCACUUGGUGCGGAAGAAAGUUCGCUCAGCGCUCACACGGGGAGCGCUACCACGUACACACACACCGUGCAGACAACUUCGCCUUUCAGCAUGUUUGCUCUCACUGCGACCGAUGCUUCAAAGACACCCCGAAGCUGAAUAGACACAUCGAGCAAGAUCACGAUGGAGAAGCCCGCAUGAAGCGCCAACGACGCGAAGAUGACGAGGAAUCUUCGCCCCAACGCGAGUUCAAACCGCAGCCUUUGACGGGGUUCUUCGACAUACAUCCGAAGGAAACCACUCGCCGUGUUCUGAGGAAGAGGCCCAACAGGCGCAGUAGCUGA